AUGUGUAAACGUAAGAAAAAUAAAAAUCAAUUGCCAACUGUCCCACCACCACCCGGCCUACAAAACUUCCCUGGCAUACGACGUAACUCCCCCACAGCACCUCCGGUCCCCCACCCCCUGGAACCACCGCCAAAAUACACGGAAAUCGAUGAGGAACCUGGUGGUAGUAGUAGCACCGGGGACAUAGAUGUGUCCGGUAUAGUUGCCAACAAGCCCCAAAUGUUCCAGCUGACUGUAGUCCCAAACAUGACCCGUAUAGGCGGUGCACUGACCGGGGGUGUGAAUGCUCCAGAUAUACAUAUACAGGAUCUAGUAACCACUAGCACGGAUAGUCCAGACAUACCCACCCCACCCCCAGACAGUGGCACCCACUCAUCAGAUGACGAUGGUGGGUUUAAUUAUCUACACCUGUCGUGGGGCGGACUUAUCGUACCCAUCGGGAUAGGUAUCUACGCUUACAUGAGGUGCAGAAACAGACCACAACCCCCACCGGCAACACAGGUCUAUAUACCGGAGCCACAACCAAUGCAGGUGUAUAGACCACCUCCACCUGUGUAUGAACCGGAACCAGAGCUACCGGAGCUGUAUAUUAUUGAAACAGAAACCACAAUCUCUGGCCCAUCAGCACCGCCAGCCCCCCGACCAUCCAGGGGUGGGGCACCGCCUCCUUAUACGGCUACACGAGAUGGGGAUAUAUACAGGACUAGAGAUAUACCUGAAGAGGAUUAUGACGAUCCCGAACCUAUUAAGAUUACUGUUAGGGAACGGGUGGUCAGAUUGAUUUAA